GCCACGCUCGGCGCCUGAGUCAGUCUCCCGCUCUAGCAUUGCUAGCCUAGCGAUAUCUCUCGUCACACCCGCAACUUCCUCUACAUGGCCAUCUGUUGGCCACUCUAGGCAUUUGCAGCCAGUCUACGGCGACCUGCUUCAUUGUCACCAACACCAACCUACCUUCUAACCAGCUCUUGCGGUAUUCCUUCUGCGUCGGUUGUGUCAUUACAUUGUUGCACCGAGAGUCACCCAGGCCUUGCCUUCCACGGCCCAAGUCCUCACGUGUCGCCUUGACAGACAGGAACCCCGGGGCUUGCUGGUCUCGAUCGCUCGGCGGCCAUGGCCGGCAACAUACCACAGAUGGCCGGCAACGGCCAUGUCGCGGCGCAACAGUCCGGCCAGAGACAGCUGCAGUCUUUGGUCUAUGCCCAGAUGAUGUCCAAUACGCCGCCGCUUCAGGGAUGGCAAGCUGGCUUAGGUGUUCCCGAACGAUUAGGAAAGGCCGUAAACUUAAUAACCAACAUCAUCCUUGCUAUGCCAGGCGCAGAGUGGCAGAAAGCUGCCACAUUUGGCAUCGAAUUUGAGAAGAAAGCCCUACUGGGCUCUCCAGAUCGGCAAGCCUAUGAUCAAAUGAUGCAAGCGAAGACCUCCGAGAUGGCGAAGAGGCGCGAGGCGAACGCUCCCAAUAUUCAGAAUCAGCUGAGCGUCGAGGCGGCUCGACAGGCAGCUCACGUGCAGGCUCAGGCUCAACAGCAGAGGAUGCUGCAAGCACAGAUGGUGGCAAGAGGAAUGGGACAGCAGGGGCAGCAGCAGGGGUUCCAGCACCUACAACACCCAAUGCAGGUGUCGCAGAUUUCUCAGACGCCGCAACAAAUGGGCAUGGGUAUGGCCAAUCCCGGCAUGCAGCAGCAGACACCUCCAAACCAGCCGCAGUUCCAAAUGCCAAUGCAACAGCCGAGGCAGCCCGGUGCUGGUCCCGUUGACCUUGCAUCUAUGUCGCCGCAAGACAGGGCCAAGGUUGUGGACUUCGCCAAUCAACUCUAUGCGUCCACAUCUGAGGAUCAGAAGCAGAAUCUGCGAGCCGUGCUACAGGCGAGGGUAAAUCCCCAGCAACUCCGGGAAUUGCGUGCCUCGGGGAGAGACAUACUAGCGCCGUACUUCCACCAGCAAGCCCUGUCAGCGCUGCAGAAACAUGCUCAACAGCGGAUGCUACAGCAGCAGCGGCAGGCAGGAGGCAUGCCACCGAAUGCCAACCAAGCUCAAGCCGGUCUGCAGAUGGGGCAAGGGCAACCUCAACAAAAGCAGGCGCCGCAGCCUAUGAACCCGGCUAUGAUGAACCCGAUGGCUCAGCAGGCCGGGGUAGUCCCUGGCGGCCAGCUUUUCUCCUCCAACCUUGAGAUCGUGAACGGGCAGAAGGCCGGCUUGCUUGCCGAGCAAGCUGGGCAAAUGGUUGUGCCAGCUAAUAGCGGUACCGGCCGGAACCCGACACCCCAGCCAAUGGCUGGAAUGCCUCCCCAGAAUAUGCAGAACGCACAGCCAGGACCGAAUCAGCAGCCACGGCCACCACAGAUGGGCCCGUCCUUCAACCUCACGCAGGCGAAGAUGGAUCAAGCAGCGGCGCAGUCACAGACCCAGAUCAAGGUGCAGACUGCAGCCAGGCAGAUGGCGAACCAGCCAGGCGGCCCUGCCGGAGCGACUUCGCAGAGUCCAGGCAUGAGUACACUGACAGCCGCAAUGGCGCAGCCUCCAGUCGCCAUGAGUGCUCAAGCGAAUGGACCCCGGAUGAACCAAGGCAACCCGGCAAUGGGACAGACUCUCGAUCCGCGGUUCAAUCAUCAAGGCAACGCCCGGCCAAUGUCGAUGCCGGGAAAUAUUAACGUCAACGCCCAGGCCUUCCGUCAGAUGCUGAGCUCGAUUCCCCCCGAGCAACGGCAGACCGUCAGCGCCCUGCCGCCGGACAAGCUGAGGGAACUCAUGGCUACGUGGCAAGAGCGAACUGCUAUGAAUAAUGGCGGUCAGCAGCCGAACCAAGCUCACAGGCUCGGACAGCCCCAGGCCCAGAUGGGGCAGAUGAAUGGGGCGGGCCAGUUCACCGGGGCCCCUCCCCAACCCCCCAUCGCGGCUGGCGCACCGAAUAUGGUUUCUCAGAUGGCUGCACGAGCUCGGCUGACGGCGGGCGCUCAGAACCACCCGCAAGCCCAACAGAUAAUGGACAACAUGGAUAUCCCGCCGAGCGUCCUCCAACAUCUGCGCAGUGCCAUCCCUCCCGAUAUCAAGAAAUGGGCCCAGUUGAAGGCAUGGCUGCCACAGAGCAAUCUGCCGCCGCAGUCGCAGCAACAACUGGUGAAUGUCCAACUUCAACAAUUCCGCCAGCUUGUGGAGAGGAGAACUGCUGGGCCUAAUGGCCAACCAGGGGCCAUGGCGGGAGGACAGCAGACCCCAGGUGGCCCUGCACAACCACCACCACAACAACAACAACAACAACAACAACAACAACAACAGCAGCAGCAGCAGCAGCAGCAGCAGCACAGUCAACCACAGCAGGGGAUGCCUAACCUCCCCCAUGGUUUCCAGAUACCGGCGCAGUCAGUACAAGUCACCCCACAGGAGCUCGAAAGCCUCCGCAGGAACCCCAAGUUCGCACAGUUCGAUGAAAACACCUUGAUGAAGUUUGCGGGGAAGAUGAAGCAAGAUCAAUACCUCAGGAGAAUGCAACAGCAGCAGCAGCAGCAGCAACAGCAGCAGCAGCAACCGCAGCAGCAACAGUCGCAGCAGCUUCUCCAGCAGCAACACCAGCAGCAGCAGCACCACCAGUACCAGCAGCAGCAGCUCCAACAACAGCAGCUCCAGCAGCAGCAGCUCCAGCAGCAGCAGCUCCAGCAGCAGCAGCUCCAGCAGCAUCAGCUCCAGCAGCAGUCUGCGAAGAAUAACGCACCUGUUCCCAUGAACCAUAUUCAGUCUGGCCAAGGCCCUCAACCCGCAUCUAAUCAAGCAGACGGUGCAAUGGCCCAGCCAGGAAUCUCGCAACCAGCACCACAGAAGCCAACCCCGGUUGGGUCCGACGCGAAGCCUAGCAGACCGACCCAGAACCGAUCCGCACUAAACCCAUCACCUGCACAGGCACAGAAGUCCCUCAAGCGCCGGCAUCAAGAUGAUACCGAAGAGGCUCCUAACACAAACGCAGCCCCGAAUCAGCGGCCAAGCUCCCAAGCAGGGGCGCGUCCCAUGGGCCAUCUUCCACAACCCACACCAGAACAGCUUGCUGGGAUGACGCCCGACCAACGGCAGAAAUGGGAGGCAAUGCUGCGCAGCCGUCAGCAUCAGCACUUGCAGCCUAGUGAGGAUGACGUCAACCGGCUCAAGACUCUUAGCGCAGAGGAAUUGCGGCUGUUGCAGCAUGAGCAAAUGCUGGAAAUUCCCAUGUCGGCCGAGGAGAAGAGCGAAAUUGCGGGCAAAAUCGAGAAGAUCGUCACCGAUAUGGGGAAGAUCGGCAAGGGUUUGGGGAAGUGGUAUGCCAUCACUCACGACGAUGCCAGGGCGAAGAUGUACUUCCGGACUCGACUUCGCCUGAUUCGACAGUUCCAUGAUGGGGACAGAAUGCAGCUGAUGAAGGAAAAUUUCUCCAUCCCAGCUAAUGAGCUGGAUAAUGCCAGAGCGAUGCUGGAGAGUAUGGCUAAGGAUCUGGCCGCCAACCUCCCCAUCCCGAAGAAGGGGAACCCUGUCAGUACCGGGGCAGCGACCCAAGGCCAGCAAGGUCCACAACCAGUACCGCUCAGCGCGACGAACCUCGAGAAGCAGACGCAAGCAUUGAGCAAGGCGCACAAUCGAUCCAAUAGCAAGAGUGGGCAAGCUCCUGCGGCGCCAACAAGCGCGCAGCCACCUUCGCAGCCCGGAGCGCAAAUAUCGCCCACCGGGCAUCCGAUGUAUCUCGGAAAGCCGGCCGUAACGCAGGAGAACCUGCAGAUCCCCACGUCAAGGAAGAAGACCAAGACGGCCCAUCAGCAGGCCGGUGCCUCGCCGCAGGUCAAGCCGCCAUCGCCGGAGGUCAAGAGACAACAACAUCCGGAGCCCAAAGCGCCCCAAGCCCCUCCCCGGGCGGUCAUUAUGUGUCCCGAGGCCGACUGCGAAAUGCGCACCACAGGCUUUGCGAACCAAGAUGCUCUGAAUGCGCACAUGCAGGAAGAGCAUAUCAAGCCGAACGAGGACCCCGUCAAGUUCGUACAGGAGAGCUUGGCUCUAGCGCUCGGACUGGAUUCUCAGGGCCGAUCUAAGGCUGCUCCCGCGAAAGCGCAUGCGCAGGAUGGAUCGCAACUCGCCGCGCCGCCCAUGGCUAGCAGUCAAUCGAAGCAAGGCCAGACCCCGAUGAACAACAAGCUUAAUCCGGCAUCAACCCCAAUGUCUCGCGAGGCUUCGAUGAAGCGACAGGGUAGCAAUACGGGUGCCAAGGGGGCGGCGGAGAACAAAGCCACGCCGGGCAAGAGUCUACCUGUCAAGGCCGGGAGCACCCCCAGACCUACGGAUAGCAAAUUGGCAGCUACGAAACCGGAAUUUGAGCCGGUCCAUGGGCAUAUGGCGCAGGACCCGUUCGUGGGCACAACGGUUGACCCACAAGACCUGUCGUCGGCCGGCUUCUUCGAGGUCGCUGCGAGAGGCCUCAUCUCGGACUUGAACGUGUACAGGUCUCUGACGCCGAAUGACACACCCGAGUCAAGCAAAGACAGCGGAGCUUCAGAGCCGAACAGCGACAUCUCCGAGGGCGCAAACAUCGACAUCGAUAUGAAUUGGCAGACGAUAGAGCCCGACUUGCUAUAUGACAUUGGCAAUUUCUCCAUGGAAGGGCUCGAGGGCUCGGACAACGACAUCCUAAGGUCGAUGGAAUUGGAUCCUUCGAUGCAAGCCCCGAUGUGGGAGGACAUAAAUCCCGACUUCUCGAAACCUUUCCACUUCGACUCCUCCUUGUACUCGCUAGAUACCAUGUGAAGAAGGACUUGGGAUAACCCAGGGGUACAUUGAC